AUGCCACCUCUUCAGGUCUAUACACGUCGAUCUCACCCAUCUACUAAUAACAAUGACAUUUCUCUCCCUAAUGCAGGUACUUCUAGUGACUCACCUCCCGUUCCGUCAUCACCUACUUCGGUCAUGCCUUCAACUACAGAAGCUACUCCUCCUCUUGCUCUUCGAAAAGGUAUUCGCUCUUCCCGAAAUCCUCAUCCCAUUUAUAAUUUUGUAAGUUACCAUCGUUUGUCUCCUUCCUAUUAUACUUUUGUCUCUGUUGUGUCUGCUGUCUCCAUACCCAAGACAGUUAGAGAAGCAUUAGAUCAUCCUGGUUGGUGUAAUGCCAUGGUUGAGGAAAUGACUGCUCUGCAUAACAAUGGAACUUGGGAACUGGUAUCCUUACCACCUGGUAAGUCUACUGUUGGUUGUCGAUGGGUUUACACGGUUAAGGUGGGACCUGAUGGCAAAAUUAAUCGCCUUAAAGCUCGCCUUGUAGCUAAAGGUUACACAGAUUUUUGGGCUUGA